AUGGUUCGCCCCAUCGUUUCUACUCUUUUCUACAUCUUUAUGGCAGCGAGCCUUUACGGCUGUGCCCGUUAUUGUGCCUUCACGUUGGCGCCGUAUCUGCCCGACGAAGUGGCGGUUGCAGUUGUACGCCUGCUGAUGGCUGUGGAUCGGGCUCUCCUCACUUUGUGGAGCUCUGUGGGCGUGCUAAGCAAUUGGCUACUGUGGGCCUUGGAUGGACUACUCAGCUCUCUCGUCUGGCCGUCACUGGAGGACUUAAAGAGUGCAGCUAGCCAUCCUACUCAUCGUUCUCUGUUAAACGACCUUCUCGUCAAAGUAAAAGAUAUGGCUCACCACCUGCCGGAUGCUGUACCCCACACAGAGUUUUGA